AAAGAAUAUCAACUAAAAUGAUCUACAUGAAAUUAAUGAUUUUGUUUUUGAUUUCCUCUCUCCAAAUGCAAAAUUUGUAACAUUCAUGCUAAUACUUGUUUUGCAGUAUGUCUAUUGACUAAUAGAAGAGCAGAACUAUGUUUAUGUAGUCACUGGAAUUAGAUAAAGAUCUAAUACAUAUGGCUCAUUAUUUGGGUACUUUUGUAUAAUUUUCUCAUUGCUAGUGUUUAUUAAUUACUUAAUUAGCCAGUGCUGUAAGGAUGGGGGUUGGCAUUUACUAUUUUCUAUUUAAAAGUGAUAGAAAUACACAUUUAUUAAUAUUUCACAAUUCUACUUAUCGUUUAUAGUCUAUAACUCGUCCUUGUCUGUGCUGACAUGAAGGAUUUAUAAGUUAGCUCAAUCUCGUACCAUGAAGUUUUAGGAUCCAGAUUGUUUUUAACAUGAAUCAUUUGGCAAUUGUCUUCGUUGAUUUAUGUUUUUUUCUGGAAAGUCUAUUUACUUUGUCACUGUAAUUCCUAUGUCAUUUUGUAGAAAGCUUUAUUAUGGAUUAUAGUUAUGUAUAUUCAUUUAUGAUACAACCAUUAUCAAAUCUCCACCUAUGUUUUAUAUAGCCAGUCCUGAGCCUGAGUAAAGGAGAAGGUUGCUAUAGGAUGACAGACGUAGCUAAUUGAAUUUUAUUUUCGACAAAUCUGUGAAGUUUCACUGGCUCGAGAAAAGGAUUAUGGAUCGUGAGACUCAUGAGUUUGUACCUAGACGGAGUGGAUCAUUUGGUCGAGCAAGUAGUGCCAAUUCUUCUUUGAGGAGGCAGUCUUCAAAUUUAUCAUUUGCAAUCCAACAUCUAGUGGACGAUGAUGUUGAAAGUGAGUCCAUUUCUGAGGCAGGCGAUAUUGGGGAUCGAGCACUUUAUAGCCGUAGGUACAGCGAAAGUGGGAGGCACCGUUUCUCUUUCGAUAAUGUGAUAGAAAAUGGAGUUGUUGUUCCCAUUCAAGAAGAUGCUGCUGUGAAUACUGAUUCCCCUGUAUCACCAUCAACUUUGCAAACUAUAUCUCCCCUUUCGACUGAUGCAAUUCACCCAUCUAAAGAUAAAAAGAAAGAGCAUGAGAAAGAGGCGCCAGGUUUGUUGAAGUAUGGCCUAUGUCUCCUCAGUCUCGCAAUAUUUGGAAUUCUUGGGGUCCUGACCAGGUAUGGUCUCCAAAAGCUAUUUGGACCACAUGUAGUUGGUGCUACAAGUGACCAAAGCUAUAUGUAUCCUGAUGUUCCUUCAAACAUGGUUGGUUCAUUCUUGAUGGGUUGGUUUGGUGUUGUUUUCAAAGAUGAUAUUGCGAAAGUUUCAGAUGAGUUGGCUAUUGGAUUGUCGACUGGUUUCUUAGGAAGCCUUACAACAUUCAGUGGCUGGAAUCAGAAAAUGCUGGACCUUAGUUGCGAAGGACGUUGGAUGUUUGCUUUCCUUGGCUUUCUUAUAGGCUUGUUACUAGCUGCCUCUUCAAUCGUAUUUGGAAUUCAUACUGCCAAAGGUUUUAAAUGGCUUCUCAUAAGGUUGGAUACAAGUUCUAAUGGUAUCAUCUCUAGGUGCACUAGUAUUUGUAAUUCGCACGAACGGCAUUGCCUAUUGACAGGCCUGGUGGUGAUGUUAUUGACCCUCGGUGUAUUAUUUAGCGUGUUUGGGAUUUUAGCAAAGCGCGAGUUCAACAGUCAUAGUGCCGAAGCUCAGCUAUUCUUGGCUUGUAUAGUCGGACCUCUUGGUGUCUGGAUCAGGUGGUUCUUAGCUCGUUUUAAUGGACGUGGUGGAUCGUUAAAAUGGAUUCCUUUGGGGACUCUCACUGCCAACAUUCUUGCUGCUUGUAUUAUGGCUGUAUUGGCAACCCUUAAGAAAACGGUUGAUACCAAGAAUUUUGAUACUGUGGCAUCAGCAUUACAAUUGGGACUACUUGGUUGUCUAAGUACUGUUUCUACUUUCAUUGCUGAAUUUCAUAAAAUGAUGCAGAGCAAGAACCCAUGGAUGGCAUAUGCUUAUGCAAGUAUCACAAUUGGUAUUUCAUUUAUUUUGGGAACUUUGAUAUAUUCUGUACCUUCUUGGGCUAAGGGAUAUCACUAAAGAGAAGAUGCCAACUGAUAACGCGAAAUACAGAGCUAUUAUAUCAUAUGGGUAAUGGAUUUGUCAAGCUGAAUAAAUUUAUUGUGGAAGUGGAAGAAAUCUUAGACAUGAUUGACUGGUGCAUUAACUAUAGAAUACAAAUUUCAUGCGAAGAAUUUUGGCUGUCUCAAUCCCAGUGUGGUUGAUCAUCGUCACAGGUUGAAUGCUGUGGUUGAUUAUACUAUUUACGCUGUGACUAGAGAAUACUUCAGCAUCAUUGUCUGUCUUGAUAAGUUGUUGCUAGCUAUACUGUUUAAAAACGGCACCUUGAUAUUUAGAUUGCUUCCGAUUGCUGCUAGAAGUUAUGUACUCAAUACUUCAUCAAAGUUGUAAGCAAUCUAAUGCAGCAAAGCUUGACCGCAUAUUGGAAUGUAUAAAAUUACUUCCAAGUAUUUAACAUUGUAUAAAACCUCUCGCUUAUUCA